UGUGCUUUGGUUAGUUUCCCAAUCUCCUCUGCAUUUCUGAAUUGUCCCUCGCAUUUCGUCGCUCAGAAACAAUCUUGCACUUGUAAUUCCGGAGAUGGCUGACCUGUGUUCUUGGCCUUCCGUUGCCGAGCUAAAUGAAAUGAGAGAGAAAGUUUCUAAAAUGGCGCAUGUGAAUAAAGAGGAAGUUCGAGUUGUGGUAUCUCCCUAUCGAAUUUGUCCUUUGGGGGCUCACAUUGAUCAUCAGGGUGGGACUGUUUUAGCUAUGACAAUCGAUAGGGGAAUACUUCUGGGGUUUGCUCCUUCUGACAGUAAUCAGGUUGUAAUUCGUUCUGGACAGUUUCAGGGAGAAGUUAAGUUCAGAGUUAAUGAGAUCCAAAAGCCAAGGCAAAUCACUAGGACAAAAGAUGAGAAUUCAGAAAAGGACUCAUCUAGGCUUCAGGAGCAAUGUAACUGGGGGCGUUAUGCUAGAGGAGCUGUAUAUGCACUCCAGAGCAGAGGAAAUAAUCUUUCUAAGGGUAUCACAGGAUACAUAUGUGGUUCUGAAGGUCUGGACAGUUCAGGCUUAAGCUCUUCUGCUGCGGUUGGAGUGGCUUACCUCUUGGCUUUGGAAUAUGCAAAUAAUUUAGUAAUAUCUCCCACAGAAAAUAUUGAAUAUGAUAGGUUGAUUGAGAAUGAAUAUUUGGGUCUGAAAAAUGGCAUAAUGGACCAAUCAGCUAUAUUACUGUCAGCUAGUGGCUGUUUGAUGUGCAUGAAUUGCAAGACCAAAGAUUAUCAACUUGUUUACCGACCAAAAGUACUAGAAUGCAAAGAGAGUGAGCAACCAAGAGCGACCAAAAUAUUGUUGGCACUUUCAGGGUUGAAGCAAGCUUUGACUAAUAACCCUGGAUAUAAUAAGCGAGUUGUAGAGUGUCAAGAGGCUGCACAAAUUCUUCUUAAAGCAUCUGGGGAAUAUAAAGCAGAGCCCAUCCUAUCUAAUGUUGAACCAGAAGUUUAUGAGACUCACAAGUGCAAAUUAGAACCAGAUCUAGUCAAAAGAGCAGAACAUUAUUUCUCAGAGAACAUGCGUGUUAUGAAAGGAGUUGAGGCUUGGUCAAUGGGCAAGUUAAAAGAUUUUGGAAUGCUUAUUUCUGCUUCUGGUCGGAGUUCCAUUCAAAAUUAUGAAUGCGGUGCUGAACCAAUGAUUCAACUGUAUGAGAUCCUUUUGAGGGCUCCCGGUGUAUUGGGGGCACGCUUCAGUGGUGCUGGGUUUAGAGGAUGCUGCGUAGCAUUUGUGGAGGCUCACCUUGCAACUGAAGCUGCAACAUUUGUCAGGAAAGAAUAUCUCAAGGUCCAGCCUGAGUUCUCUAGCCAAAUUGGCAAUGACAUGGUUGUAAUAUGUGAACCUGGUGAUUGUGCACGUAUAACCUUGGAACAACAAGAAGACGAACCAGCAACACCAAAAAAAGAAAACAUGGGUUCCAAUCCUCUCUCUGCAUUGACUUCAACAAAGCCUUCACCAAUACCAACACAAGACCGAGAAGAACAAGACUCACCUUCAUCAACACAGACUCUUCUCUCUUUCAACACUGACUCGUCUUCUUCUUCUUCUUCUCCCUCUUCCUCUUCCCACAAAGCCCUCUUCUUCUCUCUCAUCCUAAUCACCUGCAUUGCUCUCUCAGCAACCUUUGCCUUCGCCUUUCUGUUUUUCUCUUCCUCAUCAUCACCGCCACCACCCACUUCAACUGCUCACACCCCUUCUUCUCUUGCUCGUUCUCUCACCAAACUCAAACGCCCCGUGGUUCUUCUGGUUUCCUCAGAUGGGUUUCGAUUCGGGUACCAAUUCAAGACCUUCACACCCAACAUUGCUCGUUUGAUCGCAAAUGGAACCGAAGCUGAAACCGGUUUGAUUCCGGUUUUUCCAUCUCUUACUUUCCCCAAUCAUUAUUCCAUUGUUACUGGGCUCUACCCUGCAUAUCAUGGCAUAAUCAAUAACCAUUUUUUGGAUCCACAUUCUGGGGAAGCGUUUUACAUGGGUAGCCAUGAUCCCAAGUGGUGGCUUGGGGAACCCCUUUGGGAGACUGUGGUCAAUAAUGGGUUGAAGGCUGCUACCUAUUUCUGGCCUGGUUCUGAGGUAAAGAAGGGUCCUUGGACUUGUCCUGUUAAUUAUUGUAGGCAUUAUAAUGGUUCUGUUUCUUUUGAGGAAAGGGUCGAUUCAGUUUUGAACUAUUUUGAUUUGCCAAGUGAUGAAAUUCCUGAUUUUAUGACACUUUAUUUUGAGGACCCUGAUCAUCAGGGUCAUCGUGUUGGUGCUGAUGAUCCUGAGAUCACUGAGGCUGUUGCUAGGAUUGAUAGCAUGAUGGGGAGGUUGAUUAAGGGUUUGGAGCAAAGAGGGAUUUUUGAGGAUGUUAGUAUUAUCAUGGUUGGUGAUCAUGGAAUGGUUGGUACAUGUGAUAAGAAGUUGAUUUUUCUUGAUGAUUUGGGUCCUUGGAUUGAUGUUCCGAAAGAUUGGGUCUUGACACAUAGUCCUGUGCUUGCAAUUCGUCCACCUCCUGGUUUUGCUCCUUCAGAUGUUGUUGCUAAGAUGAAUGAAGGAUUGAGCUCAGGGAAAGUUGAGAAUGGGAAGAACUUGAGGGUGUAUUUGAAGGAGGAUCUGCCUAGCCGGCUUCAUUAUGCAGCAAGCGACCGGAUUCCACCGAUAAUUGGUUUGCUUGAAGAAGGUUUUAAGGUUGAGCAGAAGAAAACAAAGCGCCAAGAGUGUGGCGGUUCACAUGGUUAUGACAAUGCAAUUUUCUCCAUGAGGACCAUUUUCAUUGGACACGGUCCUCAGUUUGCUAGAGGGAGGAAGAUACCUUCAUUCGAGAAUGUUCAGAUUUAUAAUUUGAUUACUUCUAUUCUUAAGAUAAAGGGAGCACCUAACAAUGGCUCUGCCUCAUUUGCAGAGUCUGUGCUUCUUCCUGGUGCAUAAAACUAAGUGAGAUCUUGUUGUUUGACAUUGUUGAAGUUAUGGAGCACUAGAAUAUUUGAUCGUUGAGCUGCAUGAAAAUGUGUUCUACGGGUGAGAUGCUCAGGUCAGAAAUAGGAACA